AUGGCCGCGCUGCGAGCAACUCUCCACGUGGCGACCCUGGCGGCUGGGGCGCGCCGAGCUUUGUUGGGUAGGGAAGGCUCCCUGGCUGGUAACUGCCUGGCCCACCGUCGCCUCUGGGAUAAGCUCCACAGCGGUCCCCGAGUCGGCAGCGUCCCCACGUUCGACUGGUUCUUUGGGUAUGAGGAAGCCCAGGGGUUCCUACUGCCGCUGCUGCAGGAGGCACAGGCUGCCUAUCCACUGCGGGUGUUGGACGUGGGCUGUGGGACCUCCAGCCUAUGUACAGGUCUCUACACCAAGUGUCCAAUUCCCGUGGAUGUGCUGGGGGUGGACUUCUCUCCUGUGGCCGUGGCCCACAUGAACAGCCUCCUGGAAGGUGGCCAAGACCAAAUACCCCUGUACCCUGGGCACCCUGCCUCUCGACUACAGUUCAUACAGGCUGAUGCCCAGGACCUGGAGCCCGUGGCUCCCUCAGGCUCCUUCCAGCUAGUGCUGGAUAAGGGCACCUGGGAUGCUGUUGCCCGGGGUGGUCUGCCUGGGGCUUACCAGCUUCUGUCAGAAUGCCUAAGGGUCCUAAGCCCCCAGGGGACCCUGAUUCAGUUCUCCGAUGAGGACCCUGAUGUGCGGCUACCCUGCCUGGAGCAAGGGUCCCAAGGCUGGACUGUGACUGUGCAGGAGCUAGGCCCUUUCAGGGGCAUCCCCUACUUUGCUUACUUGGUUCAAGUCUCUCAUUAA